AUGAACUCAACGCUCCGCUGCUUCACCAAGCGCUCACCCGCGUAUCCUGGACACUAUCCAAUCGGUAAAUUAGAAAACCUGUUUCUCGCUGCAGGCAGUGCUGUGGUAUCCCUCGUAGACGUAUACAGACAUGACAUGCUAGCCACUCUUACAGAAACUUCCACUCCAACUCCCCUUCUCCAGCAGAUGCGCGGUGGCAUGCUAGCCACAGACACUGGCAGGCGCAUUCUAGCUGAACGUCCGCGGAUUUCAACGAAAAGCGUCGAUUUGAAUGCCCUUAAAGGUAUGUCUAGAGGUACUCUAGGUAAGGAAUACUCGUUGUGGCUCGAACGCUGUGGCGUUACUCCCGAUACUCGCGAUCCCGUGCAUUACAUCAACGACGAAGAGCUCGCUUACAUCGUACAACGCUAUAGAGAGAGUCAUGAUCUAUACCACCUUCUCCUCGGUCAGAGAGUCGAUAUCCUCUCAGAACUUAUCAUCAAAUGGUUCGAAUUCUCUCAUUUUAAUCUACCUGUCGCCGGUCUUUCUAGCGCUUUCGGUCCUCUUAGACUGAGGCAUGGCUGGCAGAGACAGAACCUUUUCACUCACUCAGGUCCUUGGGCUAUUAGACAGGGUAUCAGGUGCGGCCCGUUGAUGGGCAUAUAUUGGGAAAAUGAAUGGGAAAGUGACCUCGGAGAUCUCAGAAGGCGUAUGAACCUCACAGACGUGCCCGAUUGGAGAGAUGGCAAAGGUCCUCAGGGUAAAGGAAAGGCAGGUAUUGGAAGUGGUUUGGAGAUUGGCGCGGGUGACGUAUAG